AUUUAAACAAUCAAGUGAGCUAGUUUUACAUUUCCGGUUUCGACUUUUUUGUCUAUGUAUUUUUCAACAAGAGAUUAUAGAAGUUGAAUAGACCCCCAUAAUGUCUGACGAAGAAGAUUAUGAUUCCUCUGAAGAUGAAGAUUAUGUCCCAUCAGAUGGUGAGGCGGUAUCAGAAGAGGAGAAUUCAGGAGAAGAAGAAAAUCUGGAUGCUUUGAAAGAGGAUGGAGAACCAAUCAAAACAGGAAAGAGGAAGCGGAAACCAGCAAAACAAAAACAAACAACCUCCAGGAAGAGAGUUGGAGGUAUAAAACUGGAUAAUGAGACUGUUACAGAGGAGACAGAACAAGAUAACGCUAAUAAAGUGUUAGCCGAACAGAUAAAACUCGAACAGGAGCAGAAGAAACAGGAGCAGGAGAAGAAACGUGCUGAUGAUUUGUGGUCUAGUUUCAUGUCAGAUGUUGGUAAAAGACCAGAGAAGAAACCAGUGGCAUCAACUGGGUUAGGAACAUUGUCGAGUUCAAUAAACAAGGCAACACCAAGCAAAACACCUGUAACUCAGACAAAAACAAGUGUUGAAGAGACAAAGCCAAGUUCAGCGACGUCUCAGAAGUCUACUAUUACAGUUACAAAAGUGUAUGACUUUGCAGGAGAAGCUGUCAAAGUUACAAAAGAAAUAGAUGUUAACUCAAAAGAAGGGAAAGCAGAACUAAAGAAGCAGCAAGAAAAAGAUACAGAACCUCAGACUGUAGAGAAACCUGUCAAAACGACGCCUCUUGGAGUAAAGAGACCAGGUGGAGGACUUGGAGGAGUGCUUGAGAAAAUCAACAAAAAACCAAAAAUGGGAACAUUGGAGAAAUCCAAGAUAGACUGGGAAGAGUUUAAAGAAAAAGAAGGAAUUCACGAGGAGCUCAAAAUACAUAACAGAGGAAAACAAAGUUACAUUGAAAGAAUGAACUUUCUACAAAGAACAGACCAAAAACAGUUUGAAAUUGAGAAAAGUCUGAGACUUGGGACAUCCAGUAAAAGAUGACACAAACAACAUGGCUGAUAGUUCUGUAGAGUAAUUUAAAUCUCACAAAUCACGAAACUGUUCAUAAGACAGUGUAAUAAUUCAGUUGUUAUCAUCACUUUGGAAAAGCUGACAUUUCAGCUGAUUGUGACACCUAAAAGUACUGUUGUAACAGAUACUAGUGUGUGGCCAAAAUUUGGAGAAAUUUAGUAACAGUCUAAUAAAACAGUGUUUAAAAAGUUGUCUUUUUUAUGAAGUAUCUCAAAUCCAAAUUGUGAAAGACAUUGUGUGAAGUUAUGAAGUUAGCAAAAGUACCACUCUCACGUUUUUGCUUUUAAACUGAUGAUAGUAUGAAAUUGAUUGUUACGUUAAUAAUUUUGGGAGCAGCGGAAUGUUGGGAACAUUGGAAUUUUGUAAACAACAGAAUUUUGGUACUGCAGAAGUUUGGGUGAUUUCACUGCUAACAAAAGACACAUGAUGUUGUGGUCUGAUUGAUGUAUAGCUGAUCUCUUCAAGCUUUUUUUACACUGACAGUUACCAGUAUGAAUCUGAUUGGAAUAGUCACAACUGAAAUGUUGUACAAAGAACUUUUUGGAAGAAUAUCCGUGUAUCAUUAGAAAUACUUGUAAAGUAAAUGUGUACAUUUGUGUCUGUAAACAAUAUGAGGGCAGAAUUUUAUUAAGGUGAAACAGAAAGUGACUGAACAUAAAAAAUGAUUUUAUGCUGCAAAGCCAAGCUAUGUUUAUAUCAUUUUAUUCAUUCAAUGAAAAAUAAACAGAAAGAAAUAGA